AUGUUCGCCGGACAACCACCACCACCUUCCAAAGCCGAGCUUCAGGCUCAAGAAGCGCAAGCAAACCAAGAAAUCAAAUUCACUGCUGGGAUGUGUCUCCUACUCUACCUCUCUCCUUUCGCGAUCGAGUACGUCCGCAAACUCGUGUAG